ACCUGUGAGGUUGCAGCGGGGCUGGGUGGCGAGGCCUGGGGCCCUGGAGAGAGGGCAGGUGCGAGGGCACAGCCUGGUCCUCCCCCGACCGGGAUGCCAGGGAGCCAAGUUGCAAGUUGGCACAGCGGCGGUGUUUUCCUGGAAGAUCCUCUCCUUCCCUCCCCCCACAGACUGCCCUUCUCAUCAGCUGCCCUUAAGUGUCCCUUCCUAACACGGGACUGCGCGCCUCAGCCGAACCCCUUCACCUGUGCAAACCUCUUCUAGCUGCUUAAGGCAUCUCAAUGUUAGCCCCUCGCUUUUUUCUUCUUUCUGAGGGAGGAAAAAGUUUCCUGCCUAUAGUCGACAGUGAAAACCAGAAAACUUCUUGCGUAAAUAGUUCUGGAGACUUUUAAUAGUUUCUUUCUGAACUUGUCUAUGAAAUAUCACUUUUAUUCUAUUUAAAUGUCACCUAUGUGUGUAAAAUGGAGCAACAGUUUUACUGUGCCAUGCAGUCCUCAGUUGGUCCAGGGACAUGAAAAUAACUCAUUUGAAAUUCAGGAGUUGAUCAACUAUAGUGACUGCGACCAAGGCCUUGGAACCCUAACUAAAAGGGUUUAAGAUAAUUAAGCAAAAGAAAGAUGAGCUUCAUCUAUGGACUGAAGUCUGCUACUAGAAACUGUUUUCUCUCCCAAUUUAAUUCACUGACCAACUGGAGAAAAUGGAAUUCACCAGCAGUAACUUUAGUGGGCUGUUGUCAAGUACAAAAUCUCCAAAUAAUUAAGAAGUGUCAGGGUCUUAAAUCAUUCAGUCAGUGUGACCUGUCAACUUUUCUCCCUGGAAACUUUCAUUUCUGUAGGACUUUCAGUAACAAAAGAAUAGGAUACAUCUCAAGUGCCAAAAGUAAGGAAAUUUGGAUGGUUACUCACAAAGGUACUGCAUGGAAUGACUCUUUUCCAAGAUGGGUGCUUACAAAAAAAGUUGCAGUUGAUCCUGCUCUUGGAACCUUGUGUCCACUGAGCUGUUCCUCUGUCAGAGUUUGCAGGAGCUUCCACACUUCUUCACCGGUUCAAACUGCUCCAGUUCCUCUCUUCUUGAUCAUUCUGAAACCAGUGCAGAAGCUACUUGCAAUUAUUGUGGGCAGGGGCAUAAGGAAAUGGUGGCAGGCACUUCCUCCUAACAAGAAGGAACUAUUUAAAGAGAGUGUCAGGAGGAAUAAAUGGAAGUUAUUCCUUGGUUUCACUGGCUUUGGACUGCUAUUUGUAGUGUUUUAUUUUACUCACUUGGAAGUGAGCCCAAUCACAGGAAGAAGCAAGCUAUUAUUAUUGGGGAAAGAGCAUUUCAAACUUCUGUCAGAACUGGAAUAUGAAGCAUGGAUGGAAGAAUUUAAGAAUGAUAUGCUAACUGAGAAAGACCCUCGAUAUCUGACUGUUAAAGAAGUGGUACAUCAUCUAAUUGAAUGUAAUAAGGAUAUCCCAGGGAUCUCUGAGCUCAAUUGGGUUAUUCAUGUGGUUGAUUCUCCAGAUAUAAAUGCCUUUGUGCUUCCAAAUGGACAAGUUUUUAUUUUCACGGGCCUCUUAAAUAGUGUAACUGAUACGCAUCAACUUUCCUUCCUUCUGGGUCAUGAAAUAGCACAUGCAGUACUUGGGCAUGCUGCGGAAAAGGCUAGCUUGGUUCAUUUACUGGAUUUCCUUGGUAUGAUUUUUCUCACAAUGAUUUGGGCCAUUUGUCCACGAGAUAGUUUGGCAAUUUUGGGCCAGUGGAUACAGUCUAAACUGCAGGAGUAUAUGUUUGAUAGACCAUACAGUAGAGCACUGGAAGCUGAAGCUGAUCAAAUUGGACUACAGUUUGCUGCAAAGGCUUGUGUGGAUGUAAGAGCCAGUUCAGUGUUUUGGCAGCAGAUGGAGUUUGCAGAUAGCCUCCAAGGUCAUCCCAAGUUACCGGAAUGGUUAUCUACACAUCCUUCUCAUGAAAACCGAGCUGAACAAUUGGAUAGGCUCAUACCACAGGCUCUCAAAAUUCGAGAGUUCUGUAAUUGCCCACCGCUUUCUGGACCAGACCCUCGAUUGCUAUUCAAACUCAGCAUGAAGCAUUUUCUUGAAGAAUCAGAAAAAGAGGACCUAAAUAUCACUGUUAAGAAACAGAAAAUGGAUACUCUUCCAAUCCAAAAGCAGGAGCAAAUACCAUUAACAUAUAUAGUUGAGAAAAGAACUGGCAGUUGAAUUAAAAUUUAUGAGACUAAGGACAUGUGAAGAAUACAGCAAUCCUUAUUUUUGUGCUAUUUUUUAAGAAAUGAUGUUCAAAAUGAAAAAAAAAGAAUAUCCAGGGUCAAAUCAUGUAUAUUACAGAUAUUAUCUAAAUUCUUCUAUGAGGUAUUUAUUUUUCAUAAAAUAAUGAUGUAUUUUAAAAUAUCUUUAAUGAGAAAAAUGUCACAGAAUAAAUUUAUAUUACACGU